CGAUUCUGGUUUUUAAAUUUUUUUAAAAAGCUUGACUUCGUUUUAUUAAUUAAUCCGAUAACUUUUUAUAUGUGUUUUAUUCUUUUAUCAUUAUAUUGAUAAAAAAUUUUAAAUUUAAAUAUGGCCGAUGAUAAACUUUCAACAGCAAAAAUUUCAACUAAGAGCAAGACAGAUUGUACCAUCAGUAGUAGUACUUCCAGUCCCAUGUCAGGCAAAAAGAAACCCCAACGAUGUAAAAGAUUGAGUUUAUGGGAAUACCUAAGCUAUGAGGUGACAAGAAACUAUUGGCUCGAAAAUGACGAGGCCAAAUUUCAAGAAAGAAGGAAAAGAGUCUAUAGUUUUAUAAAAAUCCCCAAGGAACUUGAAAAAUUCAUGAUCUAUGGGUUUUUCCAAUGUUUGGAUGCUUUCCUAUUCAUCUUCACCUUUUUGCCAUUGAGAAUCUUGAAAUCUUUCAUCAAGGUCUUCUUUAAAUGCUGUUUUAGAUUUAGCAGCAACAGUGGCAGCAGCAGCAGAGGUCUGUUGGACCCAGCCGAGAAAUGUGAUGUCCUGAAGUUGUUUGUCCUGUUGGUUUGCUGCCUACUGAUGAAUCUCGUUGAUGUGUCUGUUAUGUAUCAUGUUAUCAGGGGACAGACUGUCAUCAAGCUUUACAUAUUCUUCAAUAUGCUCGAUGUUGCAGAUAAAUUGUGCUCAUCAUUCGGUCAGGAUAUCCUGGACAGUUUAUUCUGGACAGCCACGGAGAGGAAGAGUAGGGUGAGGGAUAAAAUCCUCUUGAUCCCACACGUUGCUCUCGCCAUUGUAUAUGUCUUCUUGCAUACCAUUCUAGUCUUACUGCAGGCCAAUACAUUGAACGUAGCUUUCAAUUCACAUAACAAGGCCUUACUCACUAUUAUGAUGUCUAAUAACUUUGUAGAACUAAAGGCCAGUGUCUUCAAGAAGUUUGAGAAGAAUAAUCUCUUCCAGAUGUCUUGUAGUGAUGUUCGCGAAAGGUUUCAUCUCCUUGUUCUAUUACUCAUUGUGGCAAUCAGAAACUUGGCACAAUUUUCAUGGAGUCUUGAUCAUUUCUGGGUCUUGUUUCCGGAUAUGUUGUUGGUGAUGUUGUGUGAGUUACUUGUCGAUUGGGUCAAACAUGCCUUCAUCACCAAGUUCAAUGACAUAUCAUUUGAUGUUUACAGAGAGUAUAAUGUGAGUCUUGCAUAUGAUAUCGUUGGCAGCAGACAUCCAACAGCAUUUUCCGAUCACCUGGAUGUUGUAUCCCGUAGAAUGGGAUUCAUCCCUCUCCCACUCGCUGUCCUCUUGGUCAGGAUCAUCAUGAAUUCCAUUCAGGUCAGGACUUUUAUUGAUGCCGUCAUCAUCGUCAUCUUUUUCAUCUGCUUACUGACCUUCAAAAUCUUGACGAGCAUUGUCUUGCUGGGGUUUGCCCACAAACUCAUCAAAGAAAACAAAGACAUCCUACUGAAAACUAAUCUCGCGAACACCGAAACGACACAGCAGCAGCAACCACAACAGCCGGAAAAUGUUAAAAGUCCGUCAAAGGAUGACAUUGACGUUAUGAAAACGACUCAAGAGUACGGAGAGAUAAUUGAGGACAUGAACUCAUUCAGAAGGAGUCAGAGUAUGGGAGAGUUCGUGGAAGACAAUGACAUGAAACUAAUUUCUAGCGACAACAAAACUAACAUCAUCAACAACAACAUUAACAACAACAAUAAUAACAAUAACCACCAGAAUGGUGAUGCUGAAGACGAUGGCGAUGAUGACAUUGGUGAUGAAGUCGAUAAGGAGUUGUUGAAGAGGAAGUAUUCACUAAACUCUCCGGGCAGCAUGUUAUAUAACAGCACCGUCAGCCUUGAUUCUGUGCUCGAGAAUGAAGUCAUGAAAAAUGAUCUCCAACUAAUCGAAUCUCUUAAGCAGGCGAUAAAUGAAGAAAAGGGUUUGAACUCCUCGCAUAUAAACCCCAAUGACGUCACCUUAACAGCUAAUGAGAUUAUUGCUGACGAGAGUUUUGAGGGUAACAAAAGAAAAAAGAGUCCGCAUAGAAAGAUGGACAGUACAACUGCUGACCAACAACCACUUUCUGAGGUUGACAGAUAUACCAUGUGUUGUAAUCGGAUCAUAUGAUUCGUUUUAUUCAUUUAGUACUUAGUUUAUAGCCCCAUUUACCGUGUUAGCUAUUUUUUUUAUAAACAAAUUUGUUGUCUUUAUGUUUGAAAAAAAUUGGUUGAGGCUUA